CUGAAAUUAUGGAUAAAAUGCCGAAAAUCACUAUGUUAACAUAUAUUAUAAUCUCAUUGUAAACUUCGAAUGUGCGUGAAUCAAGUCACAAUAUCUACACGGAGAUGGUUUUGGUUUAGCAUUCAACACUAUCUUUAGCAGGCACCACUUACACAAAUACCUCGUAACGUAAACUAAAAGACGCUCUGCAGUCACCCUUGUAUCAAAAAAUGGCGAAUGAACCACAAUCAAACGAAAAGACACCUGAAAAAUCGUUUACAUCCCGAAUAAAUCCCAUAAUACGAAAUGUAGUUACCAAUGGCGCAAAAGGAUACGUAUUUGGCACGUUAGUGGGUCUCCUUAAUUCACGAAAACCGGUGAAGUGCACCUUAACUGACAUGCAUUCAUCGGGAAAGCGUUUUAUGAUGCUUGGAAUGAUUUACACGGGAAGUGAAGCAUUGAUAGAGACCGUUAGGGAUAAGAAGUGUCCUUUAAACGUACUUGGUGCAAGUGCUGUUGCAGGUGGCCUUGUGAUGAGCAGAGAUGGUCUGGGAAAGAGUUUGUUGGGGGCGGUAGGGUUUUCAGUGUAUACGGGACUAAAUGAGUUUUACUAUACAAGAGAUGAUAAGUAAAUUAUUUUUAUACUC